UUUCCUACGGAAAGAGGCGUCUGCCCUGAACUCCCUCGAGGAAGGCGGGAGGAGGACGCCGCCCUCCCCGCUCCGACAGGGCCGCCCUCCCGUCUCGGAAGCGUCGCCCGGAGGGGAAAGAGGCGAAGCGGCUGCUGCCUGAGACGACGCAGCCGGGAAAGGCAGCGGAGGGCCGAAGGGAGGAGCGAGCAAAGGCGGCGCGAGAGGGAGGAAGAGGCCGCGGCGUGGGCAAGAUGGAAGUGAAAGAUGGAAAUUCAGCUCUUCUGAGCAAUUAUGAGGUGUAUAAGUUGCUGACUGAUCUUAAGCAGCAGCGCCGAGAGACCGGGAGAAGCAAGCAGAGUGCUGGGCAGCAGAAUUUGAAUACUAUCAUGUAUGAAACACUGAAAUACAUAUCUAAGACACCAUGCAAAUUCCAGAAUCCUGAGGUUGUAAGAGACUUCCUCUUGGCACUGAAAAGCCACAAGUUAACGAAGGCAGAAAAACUGCAGCUUCUAAACCUCAGGCCUGUUACUGCCGUUGAGAUCCAGUUGAUCGUGGAAGAAAGUGAGGAGAGGCUCACUGAAGAGCAAAUUGAAUCCCUGCUCCAGACGGUCACUAGAAAUCUUCCUGGAGACCCAGAGCAAGAAGAGCAGCAGGAGUCAACCAUGGCUGUGGAGGAGGAAGGAGAUAGGGUAUAGGAAGACUUGGACCAUGUAGGCAGCCUUGCCAAAAUUUUAUCACUGGGGAGAGUCAGCCAAACAUUCCAGUUGCAAAGAGGUUCCAGGAAGGAUGAAAACUUCCCCCUCAUUUGCUGACACAAACACAGUGAUAUCACCCUGCAGUGUGUUUCAUGUUUGUUUAUCCUCCACAAGAGCAACAAUUACUGACAACAGAAUUCUUAACAAAUGUUAUAUUUGUGGGAUAAGAAAACUGGAUUUGUCUGAGAAGCAGAUGCUGUGGUUGGUUCCAUGUGCCUUUUAUGGGUAUACUCCUUUGAGUAAGAUUUACAUGCAACUGGCCUUCUGAUUACCAGUUGGUUUCUAGUGCUUCUGAAUGACCCGACCUGUUUUGCAAAUACAUCUCACAAUUGACUGCAAAA